GCGGUCGCGGAACUUGGGGACGAUCAUGGCGGCAGCCCAGGCCCAGCAGCCUCAGAAGCGCUACUAUCGGCAGCGUGCGCAUUCCAACCCCAUGGCCGACCACACGCUGCGUUACCCUGUGAAGCCAGAAGAGAUGGACUGGUCAGAGCUCUACCCUGAAUUUUUUGCUCCACCAACUUCCAAUCAGAGCCAUGAUGACCCAAAGGAGAAGAAAGAAAAGAAAGCUGACAUCCAAGUGGAGUUUGCAGACAUAGGCUGUGGCUAUGGCGGCCUAUUAGUGGAAUUGUCCCCACUGUUCCCAGACACGCUGAUUCUGGGCCUAGAGAUCCGGGUGAAGGUUUCUGACUAUGUACAAGAUCGGAUUCGGGCUCUGAGAGCAGCUCCUGGAGGUGGCUUCCAGAACAUUGCCUGUCUCCGUAGCAAUGCCAUGAAACACCUUCCGAAUUUCUUCCGCAAGGGCCAGCUAACGAAGAUGUUCUUCCUCUUCCCUGACCCACAUUUCAAGCGGACAAAGCACAAAUGGCGAAUCAUCAGUCCCACAUUGCUGGCCGAAUAUGCCUAUGUGCUGAGAGUCGGGGGGCUGGUCUAUACCAUCACAGAUGUGCAGGAACUUCAUGAAUGGAUGUGCACCCAUUUUGAAGGACACCCACUAUUUGAGCGGGUACCUCUGGAAGAACUGAGUGAAGACCCCAUUGUGGGACAUCUAGGCACCUCCACAGAAGAGGGAAAGAAAGUGCUGCGCAAUGGAGGAAAGAAUUUCCCUGCUAUCUUCCGAAGAAUACGGGACCCCACCCUGCAGGCAGCGAUGCCCAAUCCUGCCUCUCCUGGCCGAUGACUGCUUUGUUGCAUAAGCUGGACUUCCUCUUCAAGGGCCUGGAAGGAGAUCAGGUCCCCAGAUUCUUUCAGGCUGAGAUUGCUGAGACAGAGACAUAAUACCCACUCCCAAAAGAACUCUUGCCUUGUAGGGAUGAGGCCCUUAGCACCGAAAGAAAAGAAGUUGCAUCACUACCCCCAACAAAACAAGUGUUAUUCAUAAGACACCCUCUACUACAAGCAAAUGACUGGGCAAUUGGAACGGUGGAUCAUAAAGGAAAUUGGGGAGGGUCUCACGCUCCCUUUCCCCUCUAAGAUAACUCUUCUCACCUAGGGUGAGGAAUGCACUGUCUAAACAGCCUGCUUAGCUCAAA